AUGGGUAGCAGGUUUCUCCAUCCAUCAUACAAUGUUAUAUUGAAGAAAGAUGGUUCGUUAAAGGAUAUAGCCUAUGAUGUAGCUUUGUUGAUUCUAAGAAAUCAUUUACCAACAACAUUUUCUAAAAUUAAAUUAUCAAGAAAAGAUCUUGAGGCUGGGGACGUCGCAGAAGUAGCUGGGUGGGGUCUUAUUAAUAAAUACAAUGACACAGACUUCCUACAAAGAGCACAAGUUUCAAUACUCGAUGACAAUAAUUGCAAAAUAAAAGCUAAAGUAAGUGUUCCCGAUGUUAUAUGUGCUGUUCCUGGCCUUGAUGGUGGUCUACCAUGUGUAGGAGAUUCUGGUGGCCCAUUAGUGAAAAAUGUAACUGACGUUGAAUAA